AUGGCUGACACUUCACAACGGCACCCGAACCUCAAUCUGACGCCAGAGGAAAAGCGAGUCUUCUAUCAGCUUUUCCAGGCGGCAGACACGACCAACCUCGGCGUUAUCACUGGCGAAAUCGCCGUUGCAUUCUUUGAGAAGACGCAUCUCUCGCCGGAUACACUCGGAUUGAUAUGGCAAAUUGCGGACAAAGAGAACAGGGGUCUCCUGACCCCGUCUGGCUUUGGUAUUGUUCUACGACUCAUUGGUCAUGCGCAAGCUGGUCGGGCUCCUUCUGAUGAAUUGGCUUUGCAAUCUGGUCCUUUGCCGCGCUUUGAUGGGAUCGUCGUCGAUCCUGCAGCCCCGGUCCCCGAAUCUGGCACCAUCAGCCCUCCGCCCGGUUCUGGCACGCCAAUUAGAGUUCCGCCUUUGCAGCCGGAUGAUGCCAACAAGUUCGUCUCGCUGUUUGAGAAGUCAGAUGUCAACAAUGGCUUGAUUUCAGGCGAAAUCGCGAAGCAGAUCUUCGAGCGCGCCCGUCUUCCGAAUGAGGUUCUUGGUCGUAUCUGGUUCUUGUCGGACACCAAGCAGCGCGGCGCAUUAGAUGCCACCGAGUUCACUAUUGCCAUGCACCUCCUGACUUCAUACAAAUCUGGCGUCCUGCGCGGCAUACCCGCGACCUUGCCACCCGGUCUAUACGAAGCCGCAUCUCGUCGAGGACCUGCUCGCGGGUCUUUUGGCGCACGGCCCGAGGUUCCUCCCGUCCCGGCCAUUCCCAAACAGUUCACGGGUCCCCAGCGAACUGCAAGCCCUAUGAGCGCAAACAACCGUCCACAGUUUGGUGGCAUCUCCGCACAGGCUACCGGAAAUGACUGGCUGAUCACUCCUCAGGAGAAGGCUCACUUCGAUACCAUCUUCGAGACCGUCGACACAGGCAAAGUAGGAACGAUUACUGGCGAUCAAGCUGUUGGUUUCUUCAUGAAGGCUCAACUGCCCGAAGAAACUCUUGCUCAGAUUUGGGACCUUGCGGAUAUCGACGCAGACGGUCAGCUGAGUCGGGAGGAGUUUGCCGUGGCUAUGUACUUUGUCAGAAUGCAGCGUAGUGGCAAGGAGCAGCUUCCCCAAGUUGUCCCACCUGCUUUAAUUCCACCAAACAUGCGCCGCCAGGCACCGGUGCCAGCACCCAUGGCAGCCCCUACUCCUCCCCCGGCACCUACACCAGCAGUUCGAUCUGCCGCCGAUGACUUGUUUGGUCUUGAUUCGCCUGUGCAGCCCUUUGCUCAGCCUCAGAUGCCCCAGUCUACUGGAGGCUCCAACCCAGCGUUCCACACUCCUGGCUCGCCUGGAUCUAGAGCGUCCCCUCAGAUUGCUUCAAACACGUUCAAGCCUUUCAUUCCUAGUUCUUCUUUCGGCCAGAGCUUGCAACCGCAGAUGACCGGUGCAUCUGCAGGCACACCCACAAUCCGAUCGCCCCCACCUCCAUCGGAUGAUCUCCUUGGCGACAAUGAUCCCGAGGAGUCAAACAAGCUGAACCAGGAGACCACUGAACUCGCGAACCUGUCAAACCAGAUUGGUACUCUCGCCAAGGAAAUGCACAACGUACAGGAGAAGCGAACUUCUGCCGAGCAGAGCAUUACCCAAUCUUCCCAGCAGAAGCGCGACUUUGAGGCACGUCUUGCCCAAGCGCGGUCGAUGUAUGAGCAAGAAGUCACUAACUUCAAGGCACUCGAGGAGCGCCUCAAGGCUUCCAAGGCUGAGACUGAGAAGUUGCAGCAGCAAUAUGCACUCAUCGAGGGCAGCCGCCAGGACUUGCACAACCAAUAUACCAGCGUUUCUACCGCCUUAGCUUCUGAUCAGCAGGAGAAUACUAACCUAAAGGAGAAAAUUCGCCAGGCUAAUGCAGAGGUUGCACAGCUGAAACCUGCGCUGGAGAAGGCUCGCUCUGACGCCCGUCAGCAGAAGGGUCUGGUUGCGAUCAACAAGAAGCAGUUGUCUACCAUCGAGGGCGAACGAGACAAGAUCCAGGGUGAAAUCGAUGAAGUUGGAAGGGAAACCCCUCUGUCUGUUCAGGAUGUGACCCCGGCCCCCAGCGUGCCCGAGGUUGCCAGUCCUGCUGUUUCGACCACAAGCCAGAACACAAACCCAUUCUUCCGACGAACAGAUAGUGCAAGUGAACAGGCACGCUCGCCCAGCGUUUCUAACGACCAGCAGAAGGCCUUCGACAGCCUCUUUGGUCAGACAUUCGCACCCUCCGCUGCUGGACCACCGCCCACUUCAUUCCGCUCCGAGUCGCCACUGGCUACAGCCAAGUCACCCGUGACUUCCGGUGUGCCUACUCCAUCCGUGUCUCCGCCUCCCGGAGCUCUGCCCGGAUCAUUCCCCGGUGGCUUGUCUGAGCCCCCACCCCCGAGCCAGUCUCGGCAGCUCACCCCGAACUUCCUUCCCUUCAACGACAACCAGUCCAUGACUUCAUCGACUAUGGUCUCUCCUCCCGGCAGUCGCUUCGGCGGCGGCCCUGAGGCAUCUGGAUUUGGUACUCCUUCUCAGGCCACCAGUGACCAGGGUGCUCCGUCUGUGGCAGAAUCUAGUGACUAUAGCCGUGCACCCAACUCAACUGUCGAAGGAACUCCAGCUCGCUCUCCAUUCGAAGAGCUACCGGAUGCCCCAAGCUUCCCCGAGGUCCCUGUAGCAUCGACUGAACAACCCGAGACUGCCACAUCUCCUACCACCGAGGGCCAAGCUCAGGGUACUAAGGAUUUGAGUUUCGAUGAGCUGUUUGGAAGCAAGGCUCACAAGCGGUCCGAGUCUCAACAAGGGAAUGACUUCGAGGAAGCGUUUGCUUCUAUGAAGCAAGCUCCUGGAGCUGAGAAGACGAACGGCGCCGCUUCAGCUGGCCCGUCCGAGUUCCCCCCGAUCCAGGAACUUCACCACGAUGACGAGGAAGAUGAAAGCUCUGACGACGAGGGUCCCCUAGGGUUUGAUGAUAACUUCACCCCUGCUGUGGCUAAGAAGGAGACCCAGCAGGACUCUAUCGAUGCCGCCCAGCUGGCUGCUUUCCCCACACCUGGCGCCUCUGUUCCCUCGUCCCAGCCUCCAAGCGCCGAAGCUCAGCAGAGCCCCCCAGGCUAUGAGACGCCCAAGGAAGACAAUGUUCACCUUCCCCCUCAGUUUGAUGGUCUUCUGCCUGAGCGUACUAAUCCUACUGCUUUCCCUGACGCGCCCCAUUCAGUUGACCACACCACUGGAGCACCGGUUGUCGCCCCUGAGUCCGCACACGACGUUCCAGCAGAGACUGUCAUCCCAGCUGGUGGAGCUAAGGUGGGAGGACCAGACUUUGAUGCCGCUUUUGCCGCAAUGAACCUCGCACCUGCAACUGAAGCAGACGAUGAUGAUGACGAUGAGCCGGAAACUCACGCCAAGAACACAAAUGACUUUGAUUUCUCCUUUGACUCCCCAGCUCAGAAGCAUUCCACCGGCUCCGGUGAUCUUGGACCGUCCGGUUCAUCCGACUUUUUCUCCUUUGACGGCAACGUCCAUGCCUCAACCACUCAGCCCGCCGCCUCGCCAGCUGGAGGUGAUGCCAAGCCUGCUGCGCACGAGUGGGACGCGCUCUUCGCACCACUUGAAAACGCCAAGCCCUCUACCGGCGAAGAACCCAGCGAGGAGAAGUCCAAGUCGCCCGGAUGGGCCCUCAAUACCGACUCUGGCGAGGAUGACCUGAUUCUCCAGCGCCUGACCGGCAUGGGCUUCACCCGCGAUGAAUCUCUCGAUGCCCUUGAAAAGUAUGACUACAACCUUGACAAGGUCAGUACCCUUCCUCAUCUUCCAUGA